AUGGACCUCAUCCCCCAGCUCCGCGCCUCGCUGCUCGCAAACUCGCUCCCCGCGCCCUCGACCGCCUUCCUCACCACCCUGGUCGCCUCGCGCUCCCCGCCGCCGCCGCUGCCGUCGCUGCUCGCCACCGCAAAAGCGCGCCUGCUGGCCUGCGACCUGGCCUCGCCCUCGUCCGCGGCGCUGCUCGACCCGUCCCUGCUGCCCGCCCUGCCCGCCGACGCCGCCGACGCCGCCGCCGCAAGCACGAAGCUGCCCCGCGACGUCCACGUCCAGGUCCUCGACGUCGAGAACCUCAGCCUUGCGCGCUGGGACCAGAUCGAGCAGCUCGAGGCCGUGGCCCGCGGCGAGCGCUCCCGCGGGCGCCAGGUUGUUCGUGUCGCCGCCGACGCCGACGACGACGACGAUGGCGCCAAUGGUAUCCGCGACGCCGCCCAUGACGCUGCAAUGACCGAAGGCGAUGGCCCGCCGCCCCAGCGCGCUGCCGCCGCCGCGGGGGCCGGGGCAGGUGCAGGACCUUACGCAACCCACCGGCUCGUCCUGCAGGACUGCCAGGGCAGCCGCGUCUACGCCAUCGAGCUCCGCCGCAUCGACCGCAUCGGCGUCGGCAAGACAACCAUUGGCGAGAAGAUGCUCCUCCGCGCCGGCACCGUCGUCGCCCGCGGCAUCGUCCUGCUCACCCCGGAGACGUGCCUGCCCCUGGGCGGCAGGGUGGAGGCUUGGCACGAAGCCUGGGCCGAGGGUCGCUUACAGCGGCUCAACGAGGCCGUGGGCGGUCAUCGCCCGCGGUGA